CAGACAACUAGCUACAACUCAAAGAGGCUGAAAUGAACGGCUUUUCUCACUUGGCUGCUAAUAAUUACGGUUGAACAAUAGGACUUGAACGCAGCAUCACUCAGCCCAGGUGUGGCAUCAUCAAUUUAGGCCGGUGUGCGCGUGCGAUGUGCCCCUUUUUUCAUCUUCACCCCUGCCCUCGCAGAGUCUGUGAACGCCUCGACACGAAAGUUAGCUAACAUUUGCUUUGAAUGUCACUUUAUAAUUGGCUCCCAUACAUCCAGCUCCACGCCUCUCUCUGUGUACAGCGCUCAGAAAUCCGCUAUGGCAACAGGGGGAGAAAAAAGACAGGAACAAAAAAAAGGAAAAGAUUUGACAACAUGGCGCACUUUCCUUAAGAAAAGUUUCUCCUGGACGCCACACAGCUCAGUCUUUGUGGCUUUUCUCGCAGUUCGUCGACACUCGUGCCACACAGGAGGACUUUAGUGCUCCCUUUUGAACACCUUUUGGAUGCGUAAAGUCGAUUAAAAAAAGCCAGGAAAGGAGGAGUGUGACGGGAUGAGAGCGAGAACCCGCCGCACAAACCGAAGCAGUCACACAGGAUGGAGAAGCAAGCGACUCUGAAAGAAAAGUUUUCCAUCUUCAGUUCUCGGACAGCGGGCAGACCCCUCCGCUGUGUUUCUGGAGACGAAGGAGGCAUCGUUGGUCUCAGCAAAGCCGAGUUCAUGGAGAAAGUGCAGCAGAGCAACGAGGCGUGUCAGCGGGGGGACUUCCAGGCAGCUGUUUAUUUGUACACUGAUGCCUUGCAAGCGGACCCACAGAACUGCAUCCUGUACAGUAACCGGUCAGCAGCGCUUCUCAAACUUGGACAACACCAAGCGGCGCUGGACGAUGCUGGAAAAGCCUGCGAGCUCAAUCCCAAGUGGCCCAAGGCAUACUUCCGACAGGGUGUUGCCCUUCAGUACCUUGGCCGCCAUGCCGACGCACUGGCCGCCUUCGCCUCCGGGCUGGCCCAAGACCCCAAGAGCCUGCAGCUGCUGGUGGGCAUGGUAGAAGCCGCCAUGAAGUCGCCGUUGCGAGAGUCUCUGGAGCCCACCUAUCAGCAGCUGCAAAAGAUGAAGCUGGACAAAAGUCCCUUUGUGGUGGUGUCUGUGAUUGGCCAGGAGCUGCUGACAGCGAGCCACCACACCGCCUCUGUUGUGGUGCUCGAGGCCGCUUUGAAGAUCGGCACGUGCAGUCUCAAGCUCCGCGGCUCGGUCUUCUCGGCCCUCAGCAGCGCCCACUGGUCCCUGGGCAACACGGAGAAGAGCACUGGCUACAUGCAGCAGGACCUGGAGGUCGCCAAGACCUUAGGUGACCAAACAGGGGAAUGCCGUGCUCAUGGGAAUCUGGGCUCGGCAUUCUUCUCCAAGGGAAACUACCGCGAAGCGCUGACCAAUCACCGCAACCAGCUGGUUCUGGCCAUGAAGCUAAAGGACCGAGAGGCUGCUUCCAUGGCGCUGAGCAGCUUGGGCCAUGUGUAUACAGCCAUCGGGGACUACCCCAACGCCCUGGCCAGCCACAAGCAGUGUGUCCUGCUGGCCAAGCAGUCCAAGGACCAGCUAUCUGAGGCCCGGGAGCUGGGAAACAUGGGCGCCGUCUAUAUCGCCAUGGGAGACUUUGACAAUGCCGUGCAAUGCCAUGAGCAGCACCUGGGCAUCGCCAAGGCCUUGGAGAACAAACGAGAGGAAGCCCGGGCGUACAGUAACCUCGGCAGCGCCUACCACUACCACCGUAACUUCGACAAGGCCAUGUCCUACCACACGCACGUUCUGGAGCUGGCCCAGGAGCUGGAAGAGAAGUCCAUCGAGAUGAGAGCCUACGCGGGACUUGGUCACGCUGCUCGCUGCAUGCAGGACCUGGAGAGGGCCAAGCAGUACCACGAACAGCAGUUGUCUAUAGCGGAGGGACUGAAGGACAGGGCUGCAGAGGGAAGGGCCUCCUCCAAUCUGGGCAUCAUCCACCAGAUGAAGGGGGACUAUGAGACAGCACUGAAACUCCACAAAACUCACCUGGCCAUCGCUCAGGAGCUGAACGACUACGCUGCUCAGGGCCGGGCCUAUGGCAACAUGGGCAAUGCCUACAAUGCCCUGGGAGCCUUCGACCAGGCGGUCCGCUACCACCGGCAGGAGCUGCAGAUCUCCAUGGAGGUCAACGACCGGGCCUCGCAGGCCUCCACCCACGGCAACCUGGCGGUGGCUUACCAGGCGCUGGGCGCCCACGACCGCGCUCUGCAACACUACCAGAACCACCUCAACAUCGCCCGGGAGCUCCGGGACGUCCAGAGCGAGGCGCGCGCUCUGGGCAACCUCGGCAACUUCCACUGCUCUCGCGGAGAGUUCCCUCAGGCCGUGCCCUACUACGAGCAGUACCUCCGCCUGUCCCCGGACCUCCAGGACAUGGAGAGCGAAGGGAAAGUUUGUCAUAAUCUGGGUUACGCCCACUACUGUCUGGGCAACUACCAGGACGCGGUGAAAUACUACGAGCAGGACUUAGCCCUGGCCAAGGACCUGCACGACAAACUGAGUCAGGCCAAGGCGUACUGUAACCUCGGCUUGGCGUUCAAAGCCCUGGGAGACUUCACCAAGGCGGAGGAGUGUCAGAAAUACCUGCUGUCCCUGGCACAGUCGCUCAACAACGCACAGGCUCGCUUCCGAGCUCUGGGGAACCUCGGAGACAUCUUUGUCUGUAAGAAAGAUGUGACUGGAGCCAUUCAGUUUUACGAGCAGCAACUGGCCUUAGCUCACCAGGUUAAGGAGCGCAGGAUGGAGGCCUGCGCCUACGCCGCCCUCGGGGCCACCUACAGACUUGUGCAGAAGUACGACAAAGCUCUGGGCUACCACACUCAGGAGCUGGAGGUGUACCAGGAGCUGGGCGACGUGUCGGGGGAGUGCAAAGCCCACGGUCACCUGGCAGCCGUCUACAUGGCCCUGGGGAAGUACGCCAUGGCCUUCAAGAGCUACGAGGAGCAGCUGGAGCUGGGCCGGAGGCUGAAGGACCCUGUGGUGGAGGCUCAGGUCUACGGGAAUAUGGGCAUCACCAAAAUGAAUGUAGGCGUGAUGGAGGAAGCCAUUGGCUACCUGGAGCAGCAGCUGGCCACGUUACAGCAGCUGAGUGGCAACGAGGCGGUGAUGGACAGGGGCAGGGCCUACGGGAACCUGGGGGACUGUUACGAGGCUCUGGGAGACUUUGAGGAAGCCAUCAAGUACUACGACCAGUAUCUGUCAGUGGCCCAGAGCCUCAACCGCAUGCAGGACCAGGAGAAGGCCUACAGCGGCUUAGGCAACGGACACAGGGCCAUGGGAAACCUGCAGCAGUCGCUGGUGUGCUUUGAGAAGCGGCUCGUUGUGGCCCACGAGCUGGGCGAGUGUGGCGGCAAGGCUCAGGCCUACGGUGAACUGGGCGCGCUGCACAGCCAGCUGGGAAAUUACGAGCAGGCCAUCUCGUGUCUGGAGCGCCAGCUGGCCAUCGCCCGUGACACCCGCGACAGACUACUGGAGGGCGACGCCAGCUGCGGCCUGGGCGCCGUGUAUCAGUCUAUGGGAGAGUACGAGACGGCCCUGCGCUGCCACCAAAGUGACCUGGAGAUUGCUGAGGAGGCGGGCAGCCCCACGCGCCAGGCCCGCGCUUACGGGAACUUGGGCCUCACCUACGAGUCGCUCGGAAACUACGAGCGGGCGGUCGUGUUCCAGGAACAGCACUUGAGCGUGGCGGCUCAGACUAACGACUUGGCUGCCAAGACACUGGCCUACGGCAGCCUGGGGAGGACACACCACGCUCUGCAGAACUACUCGCAGGCUGUCAUGUACCUGCAGGAAGGCCUGCGGCUCGCCGAGCAGCUGGUUCGGCGGGAGGACGAGGCGAAGAUCCGCCAUCGUCUGGGGCUCUCUCUGUGGGCCAGUGGGAACCUGGAGGAGGCCCAACAUCAGCUGUACCGGGCCUCCGCUCUGUUUGAGACCAUCCGCCACGAAGCCCAGCACAGCACGGACUAUAAACUCUCCCUGUUCGACCUGCAAACCUCCUGCUACCAGGCACUCCAACGGGUCCUUGUCAGCCUAGGCCACCACGACGAGGCUCUGGCGGUGGCGGAGCGCGGGCGGACGCGAGCCUUCGCUGACCUCCUGGUGGAGAGGCAGACAGGCCAGCAGGACUCGGACCCCUACACCCCGGUGACGGUGGAGCACAUCCUGGACACGGUCAACAGCCAGAGGGCCCUGGUGCUGUAUUUCUCCAUGGCUGCUGGUUACCUGUACAGCUGGCUGCUGGCUCCAGGAGCAGGCAUCCUGAAGUUUCAUGAGGUGUAUCUGGGCGAGGGCGUGUCAGACGGAGGCUCAGACUUCCAGGAGGGGGGGGGCAGCGGCGGCAGCGGGGUGGUCAGCGGCUCCUCGUUGGAGCAGCACAUCGCCAGCGCCCGUGAGGCUCUGGGAGUAGAGUCUUACUACAGCAGAGGAUGUUCGAGCAGCGAGACGGAGAGCGAGGCGGGAGAUUUGUUGGACCAACAAUUUGAGGAGCUCAACAACAAGCUUAACUCAGUCACUGAUCCAACAGGCUUCCUGCGCAUGGUGUCCAGAAACAACCUGUUCAACAGGAGUUGCCAGAGCAUGACCAGCCUGUUCAGUAACACCAUGUCACCUGCCAAAGACGGGAACUCUUCGCUGCCUCGUCGCUCCAGCAACCUCGGGAAGCCUCCGCUCCGGGCCCUUUACGAUCUGCUCAUCGCGCCCAUGGAGGGGGGCUUGAUGCACUCCAGCGGGCCCGUCGGCAGACACAGGCAGCUGGUGCUGGUGCUGGAGGGGGAGCUGUACCUCAUCCCCUUCGCUUUGCUCAAAGGAAGCUCGUCCAACGAAUACCUGUACGAGCGCUUCAGCCUCAUCGCUGUUCCCUCCAUCCAUGGCCUUGGAACCAGCGCAAAGGCUCACUCUCGGCGCCCUGGACCGGCUCCGUGUGGCGGUGUCUCGAUGGCGGCGGUGGUGGGGAACCCUCGCCUGCCCUCGCCCGUGAUGGACCGCUGGCUGUGGGGACCCAUGCCCUCUGCAGAGGAGGAGGCCCUGAUGGUGGCUGAGCUGCUGGGCUGCCAACCGCUGGCUGGCACUGCUGCCACCAAGGAGCGGGUGAUGAGUGCCCUCACACAGGCCGAGUGUGCCCACUUUGCCACCCACAUUUCCUGGAAACUAGCGGCUCUGGUGCUCACCCCAAACUCUGAGAGCGUGCCCGGUGGAGCAGGUGCCAACGUGGGAGUUGGGACCGUGGGGAGAGGUGCAGGGGGGAGAAGAGGCAGCAGUGGCCGAGGCAGGAAGGGCUCCAUUGGAAGCGGCUACACCAUCCCCGAGUCUCUUCACAUGCAGGACGACAGCAGUGACGUGGAGAGCAUAUGUGACAGCCCGCCCCUGCAGGAGUUCCUGCUCACAGCUGCGGAUAUAUUGGACCUGAGGUUGCCCGUCAAGCUGGUGGUGCUGGGGUCGUACCAGGAGUCCAGCAGCAAAGUGACAGCAGACGGUGUGGUGGGACUGACCAGGGCCUUCCUGGCCGCCGGGGCUCAGUGCGCUCUCGUGUCCCUGUGGCCUGUCCCCGUCGCAGCCUCCAAAGUGUUUGUCCACGCCUUCUACACCGCGCUGCUCAACGGGACCAAGGCCAGUGCAGCGCUGGCAGACGCCAUGAAGACCGUCCAGAGCAGCAAGCAGUACUCGCACCCCUCCAACUGGGCAGGAUACAUGCUGAUUGGUAAUGAUGUGAAGCUCAACAGCCCGUCUUCCCUCAUUGGCCAAGCACUGGCAGAGAUUCUACAGUAUCCAGACCGAGCGCGGGAUGCUCUGAGAGUUUUACUCCAUCUGGUGGAGAAGUCUCUUCAGAGGAUACAGAACGGCCAGCGUAACUCCAUGUAUACGUCCCAGCAAAGUGUGGAGAACAAGGUGGGGGGUGUCCCUGGCUGGCAGGCGCUGCUGACCGCUGUGGGCUUCCGUCUGGACUCGGUGGGCAGCGGUAUGCCUGCUGCGGUCUUCUUUCCCACCGCUGAUCCCGGGGACAGGCUCCAGCAGUGCAGCACCACUUUACAAUCCCUGCUGGGUCUGCCGCCGCCCGCUCUCCAGGCUUUGUGCAAACUCAUCACAGCUUCCGAGGCAGGGGAGCAGCUCAUCAAUCGGGCUGUUAAAAAUAUGGUGGCAAUGCUCCACCAGGUGCUAAUCCAACUCCAGACGGGAGAGAAAGAACAGGAUUUCUCCCUCCUGCCCAUUCAGGUGUCCAUCAGCGUGCAGCUCUGGAGACUGCCAGGGUGCCACGAGUUCCUGGCUGCUCUCGGAUUCGACUUAUGCGAGGUCGGCCAGGAAGAAGUGGUGCUGAAGACCGGCAAGCUAGCCAACCGCCGCACCCUGCACUUUGCGCUCCAGUCUCUCCUGGCGCUGUUUGACUCAACCGAGCUUCCCAAGCGUCUGAGCCUGGACAGCUCCUCUUCCCUCGAGUCUCUAGCCUCGGCCCAGUCCGUGUCCAACCCCCUGCCCACGGGGUACUCCAGCCUCCCCUUCUCCCCUCCGUGCCUGGACAGUCAGGCCUCGGACGCCAUCUCCGUCUACAGCCUCAGCUCCGUGGCCUCCUCCAUGAGCUGCGUUUCCAAGUCCGAUUGCGAUUUCCUCGGUCAUCGGCAACGCGGCGGUGCCACGGCGCACUACUCCGUCCACAAACACCCGCACGUUCCUCGGAGCCGCUCGUCACCUCACGGGGCGGCUGCUGCUGCCGCCGUGGCGGCCGUGGCGGGAGGGGUCCGCGGCGAGGACGAGGAAUACGAGGGAUUUUCCAUCGUCAGCAGUGAGCCGCUGGGAAGCCACUGCGACUCUUUGCCGCUGCCGCCGGGCCACAGCCAGCGGCACCACCGCGGAGGCAGGGGAGUCAUCGGUGGGUCCAGCGCAGGAGCAGGGAGAGGCUACACCGUAUCGGUAUCGUCCAGGGGCAGCGUCAGCACCCCCACGUCCCCUGUUAAAACAUGCCUGGUGCCCAGCCCGAACUCCCCGUUCCAGAAGGUGAAGGGUAAGGUGAGCAGCUCGGAUACAGGCGAGUCGGACCAGUCCAGUACCGAGACGGACAGCACUGUCAAGUCUCAGGAAGAAAAAACUGUCCCUCUGGACCCUCAGGAGCUGGCCCAGAAGAUCCUGGAGGAGACCCAGAGCCAUCUGCGGGCAGUGGGGAGCCUCCAGCGGGCCGGGCCCGAGGGCGCGACGGCUGGAGGAACCUCGGCGCGGAGCAGCGCUUUCCGCUCCUCCGAAACCAGCGCGUUCAGCCGCCCCAACAGCAGCGCCAGCGGCCGAGCUCAGUCGUCCCCGAGGCCCAAACCUCCCUCCCGUUCCUCGUCGCUCCAGAAGAUAAGCUCCGGCUACAACAGCCCCGCAAUCUCCGAGUCUUCCCAAAAGGAGGGCAGCCAUCCUUCGCCCACUCUGGACAGCCACGCGCAGUUCCGAUUAAAGUACCCGAGCUCCCCGUACAGCGGCCACAUCUCCCGCUCCCCGAGUAACGUGUCUCCCAGUUCGGGUCACCAGUCGCCGGCCGGCAGCGCUCCGUCCCCAGCGCUGUCGUACUCCUCCACGGGCUCCGCCUGCUCCACUGACCAGGUCCCGGACCUGGACCGGCUGAGACGAGGCGUCAUCGACGAGAAAGUCCAAGCGAUCCACAAUCUGAAGACCUUUUGGGCCAACGCCGCGGCCCAGCAACAGCAACACCUGGGUCCCGUCAGAGCCGUCCACGGCGGUCCCGGGCCCCUCGCCUCGGCCGGCAGGGACGUGCUGAGCCUUCUGAACCUCUCUCCGCGCCGCUGCUCGCCCAACGAUACCCGAGACAGCCUGGAGCUGCGGGAGCUGGGGCUGCAGUCGCUAGACAGGGGCGGCAAGAACUCCUCCAACGGACACCACUGCUCCAACGCCCGAAAAGUGGCCCCGUCGCCGACUAUUUCCACACGCAGCAGCCCCGGCGCUCGUUCUAUCCGACUACCCUCCGGAAACGGAUACAAGUUCCUGUCGCCUGGAAGGUUUUUCCCUUCCUCUAAAUGCUGAGACAUUUAAAAAAAAAUAAAAAUUUAAAAAACGGUUCAAUACUUUAAUCUAACAGUUACUUUUCCUGUGUGCUGGAGGAGUAGGGGCACUUUUUUUGGGGACCAGUCUCGGUCCGAGCCGAGCUUGACUGAAAAGGAUUUGAUUGGUCAGUGAGCGUGAUGCUGCAGAGGCACAUGGAUGCUUAAGAGCGUGUCUCUGUCUUUGUGCCCAUAACACUGUAAAUGGGGAAUGAGAAAUACUCAACGACCUGAUACUGUGUUUGUGUGUAACUGUAUGUCAGGUAGAUGUAAAUGCCAUUUGGUAUUUCACCACCCCCCCCACCUCCUCCACCUCCCUCCCACCAGCCACCCUCUCCUCCAAAAUCUUCGCUGUUUGUGUUGGGCCAAGGCGCAUCAGCUAUGACUGAUUUCCUCCAUUCUAUUUUGUUUUGAAAUUUAAUGGUUAUUGUUAUUAUUGUUUGUUAUUGUUAUUAAU